AUGAAUGAUAAAGGCAAACGUAAAGCUACUAGUGAAUUAGAGAUUCAAAUUCGAAAUCAAAAAAAAUCACGAAAUAUGGCAUGUCCACCUUCUUCCUGGUUAAAAAAUUGGGAAUGGUUAGAAUACCUUGAAACUGAUGGAACUUUGCGAAUGUUUUGCAAAUUAUAUAUUGUUAAACGACAUGAUGAAAAAGAUCAAAAACAUCAAAGAGCUAAGCAACAAUUAUCAGCAUAA